CUCGUCUUGUGGGGUUUUACUCCCACGUGAGGAAACUAUCGGGACAUUUGCCCUGAAUCUGCGAGGGGAUGGGGGGGGAGUCUGUGUUGCCACGGCAACCAUGGAACCUGACAAGAAACACGGAAAACGAGGAGGAAAAAGCAGGAAACUUGCAGACCGCUCUCCCCGGGACAGACGCUUGUUCCCCGCUGCUGCCAGAGGCCGGUCCCAGGAGCUGGAUCUCAGUGACAGCACACAGGGUCUGUCGGAGCUCCACAUGGCCUGCCUCUACGGCCAGCUGGCUCCUCUUGAGCGCCUGAUGCGGUCCAUGUUGGACAGGCUGGACAACGGCGAUCCUCUGGGGCGCCGGCCCGUCCACCUGGUCAUGUCCUCCUCCAACUUUCACAACGCCGCCGCCUGUCUCAGAUGCCUAAUGGAGAACGAAGCCGACAUCCAUCUAACCACAGACUCAGGGCUGACGCCGCUGCACCUGGCCGCCGCAGAAGGCCUCCUGGACUGCGUAGAGAUCCUCGUGCAGGCCGAUGCAGAUGUGAUGGCCCAGGACGACAUGGGACACACAGCUCUGGAUUUGGCUCGCGUCUGGUCCCACAGAGACGUAGGCAGGUAUCUGAGAAGCUGCAUGUGGAAGGCAGAGAAGAAGAAAGAAAUGAAGGAGAUGGCGCAAGCUCGGAUUUUAUACAGGGACCUUGUUGCCGAGGCCAAACUGAAUGUGAUCGACAAAACGAGUCUUAUAGACAAGAAGAUGAAAGAGUGGGCGGCCUUGAAGGGUAUUCCCCACAUCAAGGCUGUCUCCCCCAAAGUCAUGGCGAGCAAGUACCACACAAAGUGCCUCUUAUCCAAUCAGGACGGCUCUUAUGUGGGGACGCAUAAGCCAACGCUGAGUGAAUCCAGCUCAGGGCCUGACCUCCAGGACAUUGUCACGCUGUGGAGGGACAGCGGUAGCAGAGGGCGGCCUCAGUACAACACCAAGUGGGACAGCACGCCUCGCGACGCCCCUGACCUGCCUUUGGACGUCCUCAAGAGUGUGUUGUUCCCCAGAGUGUUGCCAUCCAGGCUCAACUCCCCUCAGGACUUUAAUCCGCGGGACAUCAAGGAGGUCCCGCACAGACGAUGCCCCCGGGGAUGGAGCCCCUCACCUUUUUAUUAAUUUAGCUUCAGGUAGAAAGUGCCUUCAUAGAUUUUCACAGAUUUCAGGAACACGUGUAUCACAUAGAGGUCUGACGGAGUCCUAACAGGCAGAAAGAGACGUGAAGAGUGGAAUUAUCCUCGUAAAAUAUCCAGCCAUCUCAAGACCUCAGCUCUGAGUGAUAAAACAAAAAAUGCCACACUCUCCAGAAAGCAGGGUGAGCAGAGGACGAGAAAAACCCUCAGUGAACUGGGUCACCUGUCACAGACGUACCCCUGCACUUUCACUGAUCCCCCCAGGGAAGUGAGCAGGGAUCCAGGUGAGGGCUUGUCAACAGGGUGUGUGUGUCUGCGAGCUGUGGCCUGUCAACUGAAGCUAGGUGUGUGUGUGUCGUGGUUUUGUCUUGUCCCUUUACUUCAUGAAGCACUUCACACCUCAGUGGGGGGGUCAAAGUGCACAGCCUGGUGCACCCACUGUGACCGGGCCACAUGGGUCUUGGGUAAUUUAACGUCAUUCAAAUAAACAGUCUGACACACACACACACAUAUUCUUGUACUUCUAUUUCAGUGAGGACACUCGUUGGCAUAAUGCGCCCCCCCCCCCCGCGCCAUACCCCACGCGUGUUCAAGUUCUCCGCUCUACAUGAAAACCAACACGUAUGACAGAGACACGCACUCGACUGAGUUGCCUCCAUUUCCUUUGACGCAACCUGUGAAAAGAACCAUUUAAUCUUCCAAAUUAUUUCAACAAAAUCUUUUAUUUUAUUUUACAGUUGUGUUUUAACAGGCGACAAUUAUUCACACUCGAGAAAUUGUUAGAAGGAACUUCAGCCUCUUCAAUCGAACUUUCCCCAAACCGUUUUGAGCAGCUUUCUUACUGCACAGGUUCGAUCUUCAGAAGUUUUCCCCAUUCGUCUUUGACAGUGAGUGUUUAUAAAAAUCCAUUUGUUACUGUGGUUCCUUAAAAAAUAGUCCAAAAAAAAGGUGGGAAUCUGAGGAGUAACGGGAAAAAAACUCUCACACAGUGCGUCGUGUCCGUGGUGAGACGUCGAUGACUUCCUCUCUUGUCUUCACCUAAUUGAAAGUGAAAAUGAAUCCUAUCCAACCACCUUCAUUUAGUGUUGUGACAGGACAGGGCAUUGAUUUCAUGUCAUACUUUGCAAUAAAAAAAAAUGUACCUCCACAGAUCAGAAGCUGAUUCCUUACAAGUUAACUACAGACUGAUCUUUGUCAUUUUAAGCCAAAGUGCUUCAGCAGCUGAUUGGCAGCUUUUAUCCUUUUUCUCGGAUUUCACACCAAAACAUGGACGUCAGUAUUAAGACAGGAAGCACCUUUAAACUUUCCCAACCUCCAACCCACCUUCUCAACAGUUGUAUUCCAUCUCCUGAACUAUUGUCACCCCUACUUUGUGUAUCGACUCCGAUGAGCAGCAGGAUGUCGUGUCAAGAAGAAAACUGAUCAUUAUUUAUAGAUUUGAUGUCAGAAAUUACAGGUUUUUUUGUUGGUUGUUAAUCUUAAACCUGCACAUGUAUAUCUUUUGUACCAAAGAUUUAAAAAUGGAGUCACAAUAAUAAAAGCGAUGCGCUAAAGACAAGUUCCCGUCGGCAAAGGUCUCUGGUAGAUGUCGUCAGUCCAGACAGAGACAGACAAACGCUGCCUGUGUAAACUCCUUGGCUCGUCCAGCAGAAGACUCUCCUGUGUCCAUUGGUCCGUCCUCUUCGUGUCCUCUCUCCCCCCCCCCCCCAUUUUGUCCUCUGCUUAGUUUUAGUCCAGUCCAGAAAAUGUCACAGUCAUUCCAGCCUCCCCCUUAAUCUCCGACACACACUCUCACUCACCCCUGACCCCCCGAACCGAAACAGAGUCUGAGCUCCUCAGUACAUUUUCUGUCGGCUGGGCAGCACUGCCUCCUUGAGGAAAGAGAACACGAUGAGGAUCCCUGACCUCUUCCCCCUCUUGCCCUUGGUGAAGUAAUUAGACACCACGUCAUCUGAAAAGGAAGAAAUGGAAACCGUUACUAAUUAUAACAUGUGUGAGCACCGACGUUUGAAAUCUGUUUCCAAGUCUGGAAGUUAGGAAAUGUAACAUGUACGUAGUUGCUGGUUGUAAUGUGAAAUAUAUUAAAUCUGUUUGAUUUCA